CUAUACCCUUUACAAUGAGAAGUGAUGAAAAGAAUACAGAGGAGGGAAGUGAUUUAAAAAUAAAAAACAAAAACUGGGAAGAGAGAGAAAUUCAGGGAGACCCUCUUAUAUAAACGGCAUUAUUCUGUUCCGUUUUUUCAUGCUCUCUUCAUUUAUUUCUUCUCUCUGUUUCUAGAUUUCUAUUCGGGUUGUUUCUGCUUCUGUUUCUUGAAGCAGAAAUACCUUUCCAUUUUGCAAAUUUUUAUUUUUCUUUUUCUCUCUUCGGAGCAAAAACCACACACACGACAAAUUUGUCUUUUCAUUGUUCUCUGCUUCUUCCAUCUUCUUCUUUCUUUUUUUUGGUGGAUUGACAGCUCAAGAGGGUUUCUUCUUCUGGUUAUCUUUGGUGGUUGUCUGUAUAAUAGGGUUUUUUCGAGCAGUGACUGACAUCCCAGCUCUGUGUGUCCGUUGUUUAAUUGUUGCGUAUGCCAGAAGCAAAAUCACAAACCCAAAAAAAGAAAUAUUCUCUCGCUUUUGUCAAAGGAGGUCCUUCGAGACACAUUCAGAUCUAGCUAGCUAGUGGGUUUCCUCAAUAAAAACUGUUUAUUCUAGCUUCGCAUUUGUUAAUCAUCCUCUGUUUUUGUGCCCUUGUUAAAUACAUAAUCAUAUAUAGAUCAAGAGUAGGCAACAAAUGGAGAGGCUAACCUCAACACAAAUGAUUCCUGAUGCAUUUCAAGGUGCUAGAGAUGACGUAACAAUGCAAUUUGCUAUGAUUUGGGGCCAGAUCAAAGCACCAUUGAUAGUUCCUCUACUAAGGCUCGCGGUUGCCAUUUGUUUGAUCAUGUCUUUGAUGUUGUUCAUUGAAAGGGUUUACAUGGGCAUCGUUAUCGUGUUAGUUAAGCUUUUUGGUCGGAAACCAGAUAGGCGAUACAAAUGGGAGCCCAUGAAAGAUGAUGUUGAGGCGGGGACCUCAACUUAUCCCAUGGUUCUGGUUCAAAUCCCAAUGUACAACGAACGAGAGGUUUAUCAGCUUUCAAUUGGAGCUGCAUGUGGUCUUUCUUGGCCCUCAGACCGAAUCAUAAUUCAAGUCCUCGAUGAUUCAACAGACCCAACAAUCAAGGACAUGGUGGAGCUGGAGUGUCAGAGAUGGGCGAGCAAAGGGAUAAACAUAAAGUAUGAGAUUAGAGAUAGCAGAAAUGGUUAUAAAUCAGGGGCAUUGAAAGAAGGCAUGAAACGAAGCUACGUGAAGAGUUGCGAUUACGUUGCCAUUUUUGACGCAGAUUUCCAGCCUGAGCCUGAUUUUUUACGGCGCACCAUUCCCUUUCUAGUCCACAACCCAGAAUUGGGUUUGGUCCAGACUCGUUGGAAAUUCGUGAAUGCUGAUGAGUGCUUGAUGACAAGAAUGCAAGAAAUGUCACUGGAUUACCAUUUUACAGUUGAACAGGAAGUGGGCUCCUCCACGUAUGCCUUCUUUGGCUUCAAUGGAACGGCAGGUGUAUGGAGAAUUGCUGCGCUUAAUGAAGCUGGGGGGUGGAAGGACAGGACCACGGUGGAGGACAUGGACCUAGCAGUCCGAGCUAGUCUCAAAGGCUGGGAAUUCCUGUACCUUAGCAGUGUAAAGGUGAAAAAUGAAUUGCCCAGUACAUUGAAAGCAUAUCGCUAUCAACAGCACCGGUGGUCUUGUGGUCCUGCUAACCUUUUCAGAAAAAUGUUAAUGGAAAUUAUAACAAACAAGGCAAUGACAUCGUGGAAGAAAGUGCACGUAAUCUACAGCUUCUUCUUGGUUAGGAAGAUCGUAGCUCACCUUGUUACAUUUAUCUUUUACUGUGUUGUGUUGCCGGCAACUGUUUUGGUGCCUGAAGUCGAGGUCCCUAAGUGGGGAGCUGUUUAUAUCCCUUCCAUCAUUACCAUUCUAAAUGCAGUUGGAACCCCAAGGUCACUCCACUUACUGGUUUUCUGGAUCCUCUUUGAGAAUGUCAUGUCACUGCAUCGCACUAAGGCUACCUUCAUUGGCUUGCUAGAGGCUGGUAGAGUGAAUGAGUGGAUUGUCACUGAGAAACUAGGGGAUGCUCUCAAGAGUAAAGCUAACAAAGCCGCCAAGAAACCCCGAUUUAGAUUUGGAGAAAGGCUCCAUUUAUUAGAGCUCGGGACUGGAGCUUACCUCUUCUUCUGCGGUUGCUAUGAUGUUGUCUUUGGGAAAAACCACUACUUCAUAUACCUUUAUGCGCAAGCAAUCGCCUUCUUUAUCGUGGGGCUCGGCUGUGUCGGCACCUUUGUUCCCCGCUCUUAGUGUGUUCGUGAGGCUGGGCUAAUAUUCUUGGCCAUCUGCCUGGGCUACUUGUUCAAAGUGAAUUUUCCUGCUAUUUAGCUUUGUAUAAAAAGACGGAAGAAGGUCAUUCUUUUAGGUUUCAAGCAUAAAAAUUAAUCAGUCGAGUGGAUAUGAUUCCAUCCAAAGAUUUAGUUUCCUUUUCCUGUGAAUAUCCAGAAAUCAAUUACGGAAAUUAAAACACAUAAAUGUUGUUUUACGUACGUUGGCAUAAGGAGCAACCCAAAGUCGUCGGCUUCUGGAAAGUAGAUACAAGUUUCUGUUCAUUUUUUAACGGGUUGUAAUUGUGAGAUUUUGUAGCUCUUUCGUCCUCCUCUUUUUUUUUGUCUUGUGUAAGUCGUCGUUGGCUUCGAGAGGGAAUAAGCUGAUAGAAAUGGUGUUUCACA